AUUGAUAAUGAAUUCACAGCGCUCCUCCUCCUCCUCUCGUACUCCUGUUCGCCGCUGCGCAUUAAGAGACAGCUGGCGAUGAGAGGAAUAUCCCUCUACUCUCAUCUCUGUCACCUCACUUGUGUUUUCCUCAAGCACUGCGGACAGAAAACGCUGUGCGCGGAGCUUUAUAAGACACGGCACGAGGAGGAUGCGGACCGCCGGGGUUUGGCCAGCGACCGUCACUCUCCUGGUCCCCUGGGACUGAUUUUCGGUCAAAAAUAUUGAAUGGGCGUUUGUAUCGCCGUCUCCGCUGAUUUCCGUGGAUACCUGCUCGGAUAUUGUGUGACACGGCUUCAGGAUGAAGAGGAUGAACCCUCGCUGGAAGUCGCCACCCAUGUGGCCGUCCGUAGUGGGCAGCAGACAGCCCUGUCCCCGUGAAUCUGCUCUGCGUAAGGCAGCCAUUAGUGGGAACGUCCUUGCACUCCCACCGUUCCAUGUCCCCACGGGCAGGAGUGUCCGGGUCUUCAUCUGUGCCAACCCUGAUGAUACAGAAGCAGAGAGAAAUGCUCUGAAAGAACAUGUCUAUCCCAAACUACGAGACUUCUGCAGGGAGAACUAUGGCAUUGAAUUUCAGGUGGUGGACCUGUACUGGGGCAUUGAUCCAGAGGAGUGGGAUAGUCCAGAGCUGCAGAGACUACGGAUGAAACUACUGGAAGAAUGUCUGAAGACUGCAGCCGGCCCAUGCUUUGUUGUGGGUAUAUAUGACAUUUCAUCAAACCCUAAACCAGCAACUUUAUGAGGGAACAUGUUGUAAAUCCCUAAUACAUCAUCAAAAAUAUAGAAUUGGUGGUAUUUUGGGU